CUACCUACUGAUUGUUGACCAUUUAGAGUUCAGUGUUGUUGACGGUGCUGUCGGUGAAUUAGUGUGUGCUUGGCGUUUUCUCCUCCCAUUUUGAUAAGAUUUUGUCAGUUAGUUCUAUAGUAUAUGAACAGUAAAGCCUAUCUAACAACUGUUUGGAGUUCUCAGAAAUCAGAUGAUUUCAGCUGACAUGAAGAGUGAAGAAGGCGACUUGGAUGAAGAUGCUAUAAAUAAUUUCACUUGUGAGCUUGGUGUGCUGUCUCAGUGUGAUGGAUCAGCAACCCUCUGCAAUGGCCUCACUGCUGUGCUUGCUGCUACCUUUGGGCCAGUGGAAGUGCGACAACAACGUGAACUGGUUGACAGAUCCAGCAUUGAGGUGACCUUCAGAGGACCACAUGGCGUUGAAGGAGUCGAGGAUCGUCGUGUGGAACAGCUCGUGCGUUCCACCUUGGAGCAGUGCGUGUUCGCCGCUCUGCACCCCCGCACUGCCGUCAGCGUGGUGCUCAAUGUCCUGGAGACCGAUGAUCUGCUGCUGCUCUCGACAUGUGUGAACGCCGCCGUGCUGGCGCUGCUCGACUCGUCGCUCUCGAUGAAGUACCUGCCGGCAGCGGUGACGUGCGUGCCCGUCGGCGAUCGGGUGCUGGUGAAUCCGCUGCCAUCCGAGCGACAGGGGAGCAGCGGCGGCUCUGUGACGGCCGUCUACGAUACGGGUUCUGAGCGGCUGGUGGCGUGUCGCACCGCCGGACAGCUGUCGGCCGAGCAGCUGACCAGCUGUCUGCGCGAGGCCCGCCGCGCCGCCGCGCUGGUGCGCCAGCUCUACCGGCGCGCCGUGGCUGCCAAAUUCAGCAAGGAGCCGCGCGACCCGUGGGCGGGUCCGUCGCGUGCCGAGGACAUGCCACCGUCAUGGCGGCGACUGGGCGGGCAGCAGGCGGGAGAACAGUCAACGUCGUGAAUAGGAGAUAGCCUGCUGUGGUCUUGUGCGGUACGAGCAGAGCACCGUGAGCAUACCAUUUGUUCGUGUGGUGCUGUGAGACUGAAUUGAGACCGUCCGACUUCCGUCGGCCGCUCGAUAGUUACCGACGCUGAUACUGACGUAAGUGACAGGGUGAUCGGCAGAAACACUGCCGGACAGAACAGACGGCUGCUGACGUAUUACCGUGGUGGACACGCGGUUGGUGAUCGCACCGCUUCAUUAAACAGUGCUGCUUAUUCAUCGAAAACAUAUUCGUAGCGAUAGCUUGGAUGGCGAGGAGGCACCGUGAAUAAAGAUGAUAACCAUGAA